AGAGAGAGCCUGAGAGUGGGGUGGCUGAGACGGGUAAUGUUUGGCUGCAGAAGCCUGGUCUAACUCAGCACUGACUUUUCCUCCUCAACAGAUCAAAAUACCCUGGGGAAGGAGCAAAUGUCCAACAGCAGCUCCAUGGCCCAGUUCCUCCUCCUGGCAUUGGCAGACAGGCGGGAGCUGCAGCUCCUGCACUUCUGGCUCUUCCUGGCCAUCUCCCUGGCUGCCCUCCUGGCCAACGGCCUCAUCCUCAGCGCCGUAGCCUGCGACCACCACCUGCACACCCCCAUGGGCUUCUUCCUGCUCAACCUCUCCCUCACAGACCUGGGCUGCAUCUGCACCACUGUCCCCAAAGCCAUGCACAAUUCCCUCCAGAACACCACAACCAUCUCCUACAUGGGAUGUGCUGCGCAGGGUUUUUUCUUUCUGUUCUUCAUGUUUGCAGAGUUUUCCCUCCUCACCAUCAUGUGCUACGACCGCUACGUUGCCAUCUGCAAACCCCUGCACUACGGGACCCUCCUGGGCAGCAGAGCUUGUGCCCACAUGGCAGCAGCUGCCUGGGCCACUGGCUUUCUCACUGCUCUGCUGCACACAGCCAAUACAUUUUCCCUGCCCCUGUGCCAGGGCAAUGCCCUGGGCCAGUUCUUCUGUGAAAUCCCCCCCAUCCUCAAACUCUCCUGCUCACACUCAGGCUACCUCAGGGAAAUUGGGUUCAUUGGGGUUACUUGCUGUUUAAUGUUUGGUUGUUUUGUUUUCAUUGUUUUCUCCUAUGUGCAGAUCUUCAGGGCUGUGCUGAGGAUCCCCUCUCAGCAGGGAAGGCACAAAGCCUUUUCCACGUGCCUCCCUCACCUGGCCGUGGUCUCCCUGUUUGUCAGCACUGGCAUAUUUGCCUACCUGAAGCCCCCGUCCAUCUCCUCCCCAUCCCUGGAUCUGGCCCUGUCAGUUCUGUAUUCAGUGGUGCCUCAAGCAGUGAACCCCUUCAUCUACAGCCUGAGAAACCAGGAGCUCAAGGAUGCCCUGAGAAAACUGAUGACUGGAUGCUUUUCAGGAGCAAUAAAGUGCCAGUUUUCUGGUGUGUAGCAUUCAGAAUGGGACUCCUUAAUGGCCCAGCCUUCCUGCUCAGGUUUUUCUUGCAGGUCAUCGGCUACUUCUUGCAAUAAUUUUCUCUGCAAUUAAAUUUUAUUAUGCA